AUGAAUUCAACUUCACUUAUAAAUUAUCGAUUUUUAACAUUUAUAAAUGGGUCAACAGUAGAUUUCAUCGGAUGGAGAUUACCACUACAAUUUAUCUACUCAUUCGAAGUUUUUAUGUUAUUCACAAAUUUUGUGGAAUAUAUUUACACAUUCUACCUUCUUCUCCGAUUUCGUGCAAUGCACAGUAAUCUACAUAUUCUUCUUUUGUUAUACGGUGGUCAAUAUUUUUUCUCGAUGAUUUCCCGGUUGUUUCAAGUGUAUUUCCAAUUCAAUGGUUCUGAAUCUUUAGAUGAUGCUACUUUUGACAGCCUUCUGUAUACUGUAAACUACACCAGAACCAUUUGUCUAUUCAUUGCUUUCAACAUGCUUCCGUUUUUAGUGUUCGAGAGAUGUUUUGCAACUUGUUUCGCAGGCACAUAUGAAACCGAUCGACACUUCUGGAUACCACUGACCUUGAUCUCUGUGAUGAUGCCGGUCUGUGUUCUUUCAGCAAUUGCAUAUAUCAAUAACUGGUUUCCAAUCUAUGCUCAUUGUAUUCUUCUUAUUGUUCUCAACAUUGGAGGAUCGCUUCUUCUGAUUAUAGUGACAAAAUGUAACAUCCGACUUCACAAUUCCUAUUCAACAUUGGAACAUCAUGGUCUCUACUCGUUGAGCGAGCGGUUUCAAGUGUCUGAAAACAUCAAAACAUGUCAAUGGUUAUCUCGUAUCCAGGGAUCCAUCUUGUUUUUUAAUGUCGCUUGUGUUUCUAUUCUCAUUCUCGAACACAUUUCGACGAAUGAAAAGCUAAUUAUAAUGGCUAAUGUGUCCUUCAAUAUUCUUUGCACCAUAUACGCUGCUGUGGCUCCAAUUGUUGUGAUAAUUUAUACACCCGAAUGGACAAGAGAAACUAUACGAUUGUGGCACCUGAUAUCUCCACAAUCCAAUUGUGAUCAUCUGGAUCUUCGCACAACGUUUGGGGAAGAAAUGAGUUAUUCGGAUAAGAAUGUCGAGUCGAAAGUGUACUUUGAUCAACUUCAGAAGAAUUUGACGAAGCAGGCGAUGGAAAAAUCAAGGAAGAAGCAGCAGAGAAGUCCGUCUUGGAAUAAUGAUGAACAUGAAAUUUUUCUGUGA